GUGCACAUUAAAGAGCCAACACCAUGACUGACUCCAAGUACUUCACAACCAAUAAAAAAGGAGAAAUCUUUGAAUUAAAGGCUGAACUCAACAAUGAAAAGAAAGAAAAGUGGAAGGAGGCUGUGAAGAAAGUGAUUGCUGCUAUGACUGUGGGGAAGGAUGUUAGCUCUCUCUUUCCAGAUGUAGUGAACUGUAUGCAGACUGACAACCUGGAACUAAAGAAGCUGGUGUAUCUCUACUUGAUGAACUAUGCCAAGAGUCAGCCAGACAUGGCCAUUAUGGCUGUCAACAGCUUUGUGAAGGACUGUGAAGAUCCCAAUCCUCUGAUUCGGGCCUUGGCAGUUAGAACCAUGGGAUGCAUCCGAGUGGACAAGAUCACAGAAUAUCUCUGUGAACCCCUCCGAAAGUGCUUGAAGGAUGAAGAUCCCUAUGUUCGGAAAACAGCAGCAGUCUGCGUGGCAAAACUCCAUGAUAUCAAUGCCCAAAUGGUGGAAGAUCAGGGAUUUCUGGAUUCUCUGCGGGAUCUCAUAGCAGAUUCAAAUCCAAUGGUGGUGGCUAAUGCUGUAGCAGCAUUAUCUGAAAUCAGUGAAUCUCACCCAAACAGCAACUUACUCGAUCUGAACCCACAGAACAUUAAUAAGCUGCUAACAGCCCUGAAUGAGUGUACUGAAUGGGGCCAGAUUUUCAUCCUGGACUGCCUGUCCAAUUACAACCCUAAAGAUGACCGGGAGGCUCAGAGCAUCUGUGAGCGGGUAACUCCCCGGCUAUCUCAUGCCAACUCAGCAGUGGUGCUUUCAGCAGUAAAAGUCCUAAUGAAAUUUCCAGAGUUGUUACUGAAGGACUCUGACUACUAUAAUAUGCUGCUGAAGAAGUUGGCCCCUCCACUUGUCACUUUGCUGUCUGGGGAGCCAGAGGUGCAGUAUGUCACCCUGAGGAACAUCAACCUAAUUGUUCAAAAAAGGCCUGAAAUCUUAAAGCAGGAAAUCAAAGUCUCCUUUGUGAAGUAUAAUGAUCCCAUCUAUGUUAAACUAGAGAAGCUGGACAUCAUGAUUCGUUUGGCAUCUCAAGCCAAUAUUGCUCAGGUUCUGGCAGAGCUGAAGGAAUAUGCCACGGAGGUGGAUGUUGACUUUGUUCGCAAAGCUGUACGGGCCAUUGGACGGUGUGCCAUCAAGGUGGAGCAAUCUGCAGAACGUUGUGUGAGCACAUUGCUUGAUCUCAUCCAAACCAAAGUAAAUUAUGUGGUCCAAGAGGCGAUAGUUGUCAUCAGGGACAUCUUCCGCAAGUAUCCCAACAAGUAUGAAAGCAUCAUUGCCACUCUGUGUGAGAACUUAGACUCGCUGGAUGAGCCAGAUGCGCGAGCAGCUAUGAUUUGGAUUGUGGGCGAAUAUGCUGAACGAAUUGACAAUGCAGAUGAAUUACUAGAGAGCUUCCUGGAGGGUUUUCAUGAUGAGAGCACCCAGGUGCAGCUCACUCUGCUUACUGCCAUAGUGAAGCUGUUUCUCAAGAAACCAUCAGAAACACAGGAGCUGGUACAGCAGGUCUUGAGUUUGGCAACACAGGAUUCUGAUAAUCCUGACCUUCGAGAUAGGGGCUAUAUUUAUUGGCGGCUUCUCUCAACCGACCCUGUCACAGCCAAAGAAGUAGUCUUGUCUGAGAAGCCACUGAUCUCUGAGGAGACAGAUCUUAUUGAGCCAACUCUUCUGGAUGAGCUAAUCUGCCACAUUGGUUCUUUGGCCUCUGUGUACCACAAGCCUCCCAAUGCUUUUGUGGAAGGAAGUCACGGAAUCCAUCGAAAACACUUGCCAAUACAUCAUGGGAGUGUUUUUUUUUUUUUUUCCCUUGCCAACGAGUACCAACCAAGUCCUUCUAAAGAAUUCCAUUUCUUUCAAGCUCGGAUGUUAAAUGAACUCUACCUCUCUCUUCUCUCUCUCCUUUCUCUCUUUCAGCUUGGCAGUGACCUUGGCGGGGGCAUUGGAGGAAGUCCGGCAGUGGGACAAUCCUUCAUUCCAUCAUCAGUGCCUGCAACCUUUGCUCCUUCACCUACUCUUGCUGUGGUCAGAAGUUGUCUGAAUGAUCUAUUUGAACUCUCUACGGGGAUAGGCAUGGUACAUGGUGGAUAUGUGGCUCCUAAGGCUGUCUGGCUGCCUGCAGUAAAGGCCAAAGGCUUGGAGAUUUCUGGAACAUUUACUCAUUGUCAGGGGCACAUCUAUAUGGAAAUGAACUUCACCAACAAAGCUCUGCAGCAUAUGACAGACUUUGCAAUCCAGUUUAACAAGAAUAGCUUUGGCGUCAUCCCCAGCACUCCCCUGGCCAUCCAUACACCACUGAUGCCAAAUCAGAGCAUUGAUGUCUCCCUGCCUCUCAACACCUUGGGUCCAGUCAUGAAGAUGGAACCUCUGAAUAACCUACAGGUAGCUGUGAAAAACAAUAUUGAUGUCUUCUACUUCAGCUGCCUCAUCCCACUCAAUGUGCUUUUUGUAGAAGAUGGCAAAAUGGAGCGCCAGGUCUUUCUUGCAACAUGGAAGGAUAUUCCCAAUGAAAAUGAACUUCAGUUUCAGAUUAAGGAAUGUCAUUUAAAUGCUGACACUGUUUCCAGCAAGUUGCAAAACAACAACGUUUAUACUAUUGCCAAGAGGAAUGUGGAAGGGCAGGACAUGCUGUACCAAUCUCUGAAGCUCACUAAUGGCAUUUGGAUCUUGGCUGAGCUACGUAUCCAGCCUGGAAACCCCAAUUAUACGCUGUCGCUGAAGUGUAGAGCUCCUGAAGUCUCUCAGUACAUCUAUCAGGUCUAUGACAGCAUUUUGAAAAACUAAUAGACUGCUCUGGUGCCCUCCGGCCACCCUGUGAUCGGUGCAAGCCAAGAACUCUUAACUAGAAGAAAUUGUUUUGCCGUGUAGAAGCUGAACCUAAAUACACUGAGGCCACCCACCAAGGUAGUGACUAGUCUAACCUGUGCUAAAUUAGGCCGCAACCUGUCGGAUAGUGUUAGCUUUCUGUGAACUCUGUAACCACUGCUUCAAUCACUUCCCACCUUUGCCUCCUGUUGCUGCUGUCUGUCCUUACUUGUGGGCUUCUCCAUACUGGGCCAAUGGCUGGCGUUUUUUAGCGUAGUUUGAUAUUUUGUAAUUGAGAGUUCAUUUCAAAAGCAGAAAAAGACAAAAAAUAUUAAAGCAAGGAAAAGUGUCACUGAAACGUAAGCUGCACUUUAUUGUUUUAUAUUUUUGUACAUAAGAGAAAUGGAGGGAGCAGUGUAAUCAUUGCUACAAAGUGUAAAAACAGCUGGCCGUCAUUCCCGCAGUCCUGGAGGAAGACACAGCUACUUGCCCACCCUGUGAGGGGUUUUCUCAUCUAUGGCAACCUUGCCCCUCGUCAUUUGGAUUUUCACUUUUUUUUCCUUUCCAAGCUCCUUUUCUUUGUGAUUCCCUCUGCCCUGUAUUAUCCUCUCAUUUGAUUGCUCUGCAGUUGGGAAUAGUGGUCUUCCAUGAGUGCUGUUUUAGGUGCAGGAAUAGGGCCUGUUGGUACCAAGGCUGAGAGAAAUCAGAACUUACUACAUUCCUUUCCCCUGCUCUGACCCAUUAAUGACACUAAUAAGGAAUUUGAGUAGAGAUGGGAAACAGGAACCAAAAUGCCUUUCCCCCACCCCCUGUCCUGUAUUUGGUUUAAUUCUCAGGUCCAUUUCAGAACCAAAAGUCAUAGUUUUAGAGUUGAAACAGACUUUAAUUAAUAACUUAGCCAAUGCUGUUUUUCUAAAAAAGGAAACAGUAAAAGGCAAAGGGGGUAUUAUUGCCUGAGGCCUGUGAGCUGUUCAGUAGCAGAGCUGGGGGACUGGGUCCCCUAAAUCCCCAUCAGUGUUGUUUUCACUGCAGUGGUGUCUCGGUUUUUUUCUCCUCAAUGCCUUUUUCUUGCCUUCUCUGUGCCUGCUUCUUUAUGGCUUUUCUCAUACUCCACACUGGUUUUGGCACUUCAUUCAUUGGCAUCAGGUGGCAGCAGAGUAUCUUUUCAGUCACUUGAAGGUAAAUCCAGAUACCAGAAUGAAGGAGUAGCUAAUGUUUCCCAUAGGCUCCUGAAGCCGAAAUUCUUGAGGCCCCCAGCGUGGGUGCAGAGAUGGGGUAAGCUUAAAGAUGUCACAGAUUCCCUUGGUCCCUGCAGCUCUCUGAUUUGCUCUUGACUCGUGUUCUUUAGGCUCCCAGGCGAUUGAGAUCAUCUCAGAGGGUUAAGCAGUUCUUGUCAUCUCCCAAAAGAUAGGGAGAUGUGACAUCCCCGUGCUUAUUAACACACCGGGUGUGAUUUGUCAAUGAAUGCCUUGGUUGCAGGUUCUCUGACCCUGGUUGGGGUGCAUGCAAGAGG